AUGGAACUCCCUAGUACAUUCGUCUUCCAAUGUAUACCCCUUCAACCAUUGUUCGAUCAGAAACAAAUUUGUAUCGUUGGCGCAGGCCCAGUAGGCUUGGCCGCUCUAAAGGUUGUUCUCGACGCCCCUCAGUUCAAAGCGGGUUUGUGGAAACCAACAGUUUUUGAAGCAAGACAGAACGUAGGUGGUAUAUGGCUUCCAGCAUCUGCAGACGAUCCUGGAUAUGAGGACUUUUCUCCAACCACACCCCUAUAUGACUGCCUUACCACAAACCUUGCCCACCCAUCCAUGGCAUACACGGAUUUUGCCUUCCCUCCCUCGACUCCAUUAUUCCCACCCGCGUCAACUGUACUCACAUACCUCAACUCAUAUGCUGAUCACUUUCAUCUCCGCCCAUAUAUCCACCACAAUACCACCGUAACAAACAUAGAAUAUCAAUCCCCAAAAUGGAUUGUCCAGACGGGUCCACCAGCACCCUCCUCUCCUGCUAAAUUCGAUCUAGUCAUCAUCUGCAAUGGCCAUUACAAAGUCCCGCGAUACCCCGAUAUCCCAGGGCUCGGAGCGUGGCUCGAUGCACGUAAAGCAACUCACUCCGCAUGGUACCGAAACCCUUCGUCCACGCUUGGGAGCACUCUCCUUGUCGUUGGUGGUGGGCCAAGCGGACAGGACAUCUGUAAUGAAUUGCGCUUAUCAGGACGCACCGUUUUCCAAUCCGUGUCCUCUCCAGAAGGCUUGGGACCUCACGCCCGCGGACAAUUAUCCCAGUUAAAUGACCCUUCGAAAGGCGAAGUAACUUUCUCUGAUGGUUCCACCCUAUCAAACAUCGACCACUGCAUCUUCGCUACGGGCUAUGAAUUCUCCUUUCCCUUCUUUCCCCCCCACGUCCUCCAACCAUCCGUGUCAGAUCCCAUACCGCCAUUACCAACAACUCUUCACAACUCGACAUACAACGUAUUUCCUCUCGCAAAACACAUCUUUCCUCUCCAAACUGCGUUCCCACCGACAUCUCUCGCGUUUCUGGGACUCUUAAUUAGAGUCGCCCCAUUCCCACUAGUCGAAGCACAAGCCAAAGCCGUAUUGGCCGCCUUCUCCAACCCAGAGAAACUCGAUCAACUCAGUGAGGCAGUUGACGUCAUGAAUCGGUACCAAGAACUACGCACACGCCUCUGGGACAGCAAUUCCGCGUCAGGGAAUGAGGAGAUACAAAUCUCCAAAUUGUGGCACAGGUUUGAACCGCUAGAGCAAUUUGAGUAUCGGGAUCAGAUGUGCGCGUUUGCUGGUGAUGAAACGCGGGUUGAGAGCUGGGAGGUGGAGAUAUAUUUGAAGAAGAAUCUGUUGAGAAAGGUGUGGAAUGCCCUUGUGAAAACUGGGGAAGCGGAACAGUGCAUCAGAGGUGUCGGCAAGGGCGGUAAAUCUGAGUGGGUCGAGCUCAUGAAAUGGAUGGUCAAGAAGGGAGAGGAGGAGGAUUUGGAGGGAAAGGCGAGGUUGUGA